AUGAAGACUUUCACCACAGCUUUCGUCAGCCUUCUCCUCGCCAGCGUCGCCGUCGCCGACCUGCCGUACAACAUGCCCGUGGGCCGAGGCGAGCAGGAGAAGCCUCACCCCCCGCCGGUCUCGAUCCAAACACAUCCCAAUGGCGGCCACCACACGGGCCCUUGGCACCCCCCCGGCACCGGUGGUCACCACCACCCUACCGGUACCGGUGGUCAUCACCACCCAACCGGCACUGGCGGUCACCACCACCCUACUGGCACCGGUGGUUACCACCCCCACCACCCGGGAACAUUCACAGGCCACGGCCCUCGACCGACUCACGUCAAGGAGAAGGAGCCGCACACGUUCAAGACCCAUACUAGGACUCGUCCUCACCACCCUCAUGGCACCGGCCCACAUGGAACAGGACCUCACGGUACUGGGUCCCACGGUACAGGAACUGGAGGUGGUCACCACCACCACCCGACGGGCAAGCCCACAUGGCACAAGCCGACCAAGCCGGUCCAGCCAACUGUUGUUGCACAAUAA